GCCCAUGCGUGUGAUGUAACCUAUGGAUGUAACCAAUCAUCUGUAUCUCUGGAGUGAUUUCGGCUUCCGGGUUGUGUUUGGAGUGUGUGGAGAACAGAAGGAGAACACAGACGCACGCGCUCGCAGCGUGGACGGGGCGCGAGAGCCAGAAUCAGUUUUACUGCAGACAAUCAGUGUGUGUGUGAUCAUGCCGACAGUCAGUCAGAACGCUCUGUUUGGGAUGGGGAAUCCGCUGCUGGACAUCUCUGCUGUGGUGGAUAAGGAUUUUCUUGAUAAGUAUGGAUUGAAGCCCAAUGAUCAGAUCCUGGCAGAGGAGAAACAUAAAGCUUUGUUUGAUGAGAUCGUGAAUAAGAGUAAAGUGGAGUAUCAUGCCGGUGGAUCCACACAGAACUCUGUCAAAAUCGCUCAGUGGAUGAUCCAGGAGCCGCAUAAAGUGGCCACGUUCUUCGGCUGUAUAGGGACGGAUCACUUUGGAGAGAUUCUGAAGCAGAAAGCGGCUGAAGCUCAUGUUGACGCUCAUUAUUAUGAACAAGGUCAGGAACCGACAGGAACGUGUGCGGCCUGCAUUACUGGAGACAACAGGUCUCUGAUUGCAAACCUGGCAGCAGCAAACUGCUAUAAUAAAGAGAAACAUCUGGAUGUUGAUCGCAACUGGAGUCUGGUGGAGAAAGCUCGAGUUUACUACAUCGCCGGUUUUUUCCUGACCGUGUCUCCAGAGUCCAUCCUCAGAGUGGCCAAACACGCGUCUGACAACAACAAGAUCUUCGGCCUCAACCUCUCGGCCCCCUUCAUCAGCCAGUUCUUCAAAGAGCCGCUGAUGAAGGUCAUGCCGUACGUCGACAUCAUCUUCGGAAACGAGACGGAAGCCGCUACAUUUGCAAAGGAGCAGGGCUUUGAGACUGAAGACAUCGCUGAGAUCGCACGGAGGGUUCAGUCUCUGCCCAAAGUCAACAAGAACAGGCAGAGGAUUGUGGUGUUCACUCAGGGCAGAGAGGACACUGUGGCCACUGUGGGUGAUAAAGUGAAAGUGUUUCCCGUUUUAGACAUCGACCAGAACGACAUUGUGGACACGAAUGGUGCUGGUGAUGCUUUUGUGGGAGGAUUCCUGUCAGAGUUGGUUCAGGAGAAGCCGCUGGAAGAGUGUAUCCGCGCAGGACACUACGCCGCUAAUGUCAUCAUCCGGCGAGCGGGCUGCACCUUCCCGGAGAAACCCGAUUUCCACUAACUCCUUCACAUACUCUCCUGUAUGAUCCCAAUGUGGAAUCUUUCCAUCUCAUCUUCUUUCUUUCUGCUGAAGCUUCAGCAACACAACCUGCGUGCCUCUACAUUCGUUUACACACGUUUCCUGUUAAACGGGCAUUUUUCAGGAUUGCGACGACCACAUUACGUAUACUCCGAUGAGUUUGUGUU